CUCAAAUACAGGCUCCAUCCUCUCUCUCUCUCUACUGUUCUCGAUCUACUUUCUUGGCCAAUCCAACCAAAGUCACUUGAGCAGGGUUUAUCACUCCCACCAUUACUCCCUAAACCCUAACCAAAUUAUCAUCGGAAUCUCACCGUCUCACGCUCCCGGAAACCCCCGACAUUCUUCGCCGGAACGUGUACGGGUUGUGGAUUCGCAUUCUCCCGUAUUCUCUCAUUGCUUCAAUUUUCUCAAUCCGCUCCAUUUUCAGGUUUAUGCGUUUUUUGGCUGUCUGUAGAUCAAAGUGGAAACUUUGUGUUGGAAUUCAUGAGCUACCGGUAAUAUUGUUGACCUGUGAAUAAAUCCUGCUAAAUGAUUCAACAACUUUUUGAAUAUGAACGAUGGAGAUAAAGCGGAGAGUUCCAGAGCGAGGGAGGAUGUAACUGAGGAAUUUACCUCUGUUGUGAGGCGAGCGGGAGCGAAUGAGUUUGGGCGAGCUAUUGCUAGGAUUGCUGUUGCGCAGAUAUGUCAGAGCGUGGGAUUCGAAAGCUUUAACCAGUCUGCUCUCGAUUCCCUCUCGGAUAUUGCUAUUAGGUACCUCUGUGACUUGGGAAAAACUUCCAGUUCCUAUGCUAACUUGGCAGGUAGGACCGAAUGCAAUCUGUUUGACAUAAUCCAGGGGAUGGAAGACUUGGGUUUGCUGAGAGGGUUUCCAGGUGCUGCCGAGACUUGUCCUUGUCUGCUGAGUUCUGGUGCGAUGCAGGAAGUGAUCGAGUAUGUGGACUCUGCUGAAGAGGUUCCAUUUGCCCAGCCAGUGCCUCAUUUUCCUGUCCCUAGAGCUAGGAAACCGAUACCUAGUUUCUCACAAAUGGGUGAGACUCCAGGUUUCAAGCACAUUCCAGAUUGGUUGCCUGCUUUUCCUGAUCCCCACACAUAUAUACAUACUCCUGUGUGGAAUGAGAGGGCGACAGAUCCUCGUGCUGAUAAGAUUGAAUUAGCUAGGCAGAGAAGGAAGGCGGAGAGGUCAUUGUUGAGUUUGCAGCAGCGGCUGGUUUCAAAUGGUGCUGCUACAGCUUCAACCUCAUUGGAGCCUCCUCCCAUUAGGGUAGAAAAUGCUGGAAGUGUAAACCCCUUUCUCUCAAAACCCGUACUUGCUGGAGAGAAAGACGUUUCUUCUAUUGCUCUCCCUUCUAAGCUUAUAGAUGAGAGUCGGAGGGAAGAUGCUGUUUCAUUGUUGGAGACGUUUGCUCCAGCGAUUGAUGCAAUGAAGGAUGCACCUUCAGAAUCUGGAAGUCAUGAAGAGAGUAUUCUUCCAGGACGGAGACCUGCUGUUUGUUUGGAGUUUAAAUCUGGGAAAAGAGUUUUAGGUAAUUCUUUGGAUCUUAGACUCAAAAAUCUGGCUUCUGGUAAAACGGCACCUUGGUUUGGACAAAAUGAUGAGAAGGACGAUAAGAAGAGGAGAGCUGAGUUUAUACUCAGGCAGUCUAUGGAGAACCAACAGGAGCUCACUCAGUUGUAAAUUUGUUCAUUUAAUUCUUUGCUGGAUGAGAAUUAUCAUACUUGCGGAAGAGAGAAACAAUAGCUGCGGAUUAGAGUAGUUCAAAGUUAAAGACUUACGGUAGUUGAGCUGUGAUUGUGAUGAGAAAUCAUUUUAGGGAUCUGAAACCAUUUGUGGCAUUUUUGGAAGGUAUGCGUUCCUUCUAGUUUCACUAGCUGUAUCGAUUUCUAGAGUUUAGUUUUUUGGUUUUUGAUGGUGGAAUCUCCCAUUUUAUUCAAGUAGCAGCUUAAUGUUGAGUAGAUGUGUCUUGUUCUUUGUUCUGAACUGACAUUUUCCCACCUAUUGUGCAACUGUACUUAGAAACGACCUGCGUACAAACAUAUAUGUUCCUCCUAUUUGUAGUAUAUAUGAUCAUGUACUAUUUCUAUCAUUAUGAAAUUGUGUUGGAAAACAAAGUUAAAAAGAGAAGAUGAAAUACACUGACUUUGUUUUGAGAGGUAAGCCAUUCUUAGCUAGACACGUUCUACCCUGAUUUCCAAUGUACCUUGGUGAUUUGGCUCACAAAACAUGUGGUGUUUAGAUACAACUUUCAGGGCCUGUUAAGUUUACAUUAACUGAAUGUUUUAUGGACUUUGUUAGCUGAAUGUUUGAUUGUUAGAUUAUACUGUCAAAUGCGAACUGAAUGCG